GCUUGUGUGAGUUCAUGUGUGUGUGUUCGCGCGCAGGGGGGGGUUAGGGCCCCCGCGAGAUGAAAGGUGUGCGCCCCCCCUCUGCUUAACAUUGAUGCGGGUCUAUUAUCAUGCAGGGACCAGUGACAUCCGAUUUUACACGACGAGAAACACCCACGGAAAUCCUCAGAGCACCUUCUUCAGCUCUUUCUGCUCCGGCUGUGCGGCGGUGACGCGGCGGAUCAUGGACACCAGGCCUGUCCGAAGAAGAAGAACCGGUGCUGCGCGGCAUCUGUUGCUGGCAGCCGCUUUCCUCGCCUGCAGCUCCCAACUGCUGCUGGUAGAUGCCAACUCAUGGUGGUCACUAGCACUGACCCCGAUCCAGCGGCCAGAGAUGUACAUCAUCGGAGCUCAGCCUCUCUGCAGUCAGCUGUCAGGUCUCUCCCAGGGCCAGAGGAAGCUGUGCCAGCUCUACCAGGACCACAUGAUCCAUAUAGGAGACGGAGCCAAGACCGGCAUCAAGGAGUGCCAGUACCAGUUCAGACAGAGGAGGUGGAACUGCAGCACUGUGGAUAACACAUCUGUGUUUGGACAGGUCAUGCAGAUCGGCUCCAGAGAAACAGCCUUCACGUACUCCAUCAGUGCUGCCGGAGUGGUCAACGCUAUCAGCCGAGCGUGUCGUGAAGGCGAGCUCUCCACCUGUGGCUGCAGCCGAACCGCCCGACCUCGCGACCUGCCACGUGAUUGGCUGUGGGGAGGCUGCGGCGACAACGUGCACUAUGGCUACCGAUUCGCCCGGGAGUUUGUGGAUGCCAGGGAGAGGGAGAAGAAUUACCCACGAGGCUCUGUUGAGCACGCUCGGACUCUGAUGAACCUGCAGAAUAAUGAAGCAGGGAGACAGGCGGUGUAUAACCUCGCAAAUGUGGCCUGUAAGUGUCAUGGCGUCUCAGGUUCCUGCAGCCUGAAGACCUGUUGGCUCCAGCUGGCUGACUUCAGACGUGUUGGAGAGUUCCUGAAGGAGAAGUACGACAGUGCAGCGGCCAUGCGUAUCGGACGAAAGGGUAAGCUGGAGUUGGUAGACAAGCGCUUCAAUGCGCCAACCCCGGCGGAUCUAGUCUACACUGACUCCAGCCCGGACUACUGCCUCCGCAACGAAACCACAGGCUCACUUGGCACUCAAGGCCGCCUCUGCAACAAAACUUCAGAGGGCAUGGACGGCUGUGAGCUCAUGUGCUGCGGCAGAGGAUAUGACCAGUUCAAGACCUACAAGCACGAGCGCUGCCACUGCAAGUUCCACUGGUGCUGCUACGUCAAGUGCAAGCGCUGCACGUCGCUGGUGGACCAGUUUGUGUGUAAAUAACACGCCGAGGGAUGAUGGAUGGAUGGAAGUGGAUGCAAAAGAAAGAGAGGGAGGAUGAUGGAUGAAAAGGAGCAUGUUCAGAGUUUGGUUCAGGAUAAGCUAGGACAUUUUCAGACAGAUUUUCUUUCACUUCCAUUUUAUCAAGAUCUCCUCACUUUUACUGAUGAAUGAGUACACUGAAAGCAAUGAAGAGCGUUUUCUUCCACGAUUUUUGGACAACUCUGGUGCCAGUUUCUCAUCACUUUCCACAUAAUAUCCUGAUCAAACCCCUGAAGGAAGGACAGACAGAAAGAAGGACGGACAAAAAAAUCAAGUAGGACAAAAAAAGGAUAAAUGGACCUUGAAAGUGGAACAGCUGGAUCCCACAUAAAAAAGGGGGGACACAUGCGACUAGUGUGAUGAAUAUGAGAGAUGAAAUAAAUAUAUAAAUAAAUAAUAAAUAAACAUACAGCUCUGAUUGUUAUUUAAAGAGACUCGGACAAACUUAGAGGCACAGUUUGGACCCAUUUAACGUAUGUGUUGGAGGAAUUCGACGAAUCAUCACGCCAUUUGCCGAACUUUUGACCUUUUAACCCUGCAAGAGGAAUCCUGGCAUGCGUGAGUUGUGCUGACAUUGCUCAUACAACACAGAGAGAACACCAGAAUUGCAGACUGAAACAGACGGAUGACAGCGAGCAGCGGAUAAAAGCGAGGGAAUACAAAAAGAAGGGAAACUGUAAAGCAACAUAAAUGAGGACUUUGAGCGCCUAUAUUGCAACAAUUUUCACGACUUUUUGGAAAACUGAAGCACAGAAAAACUCCAGCUGUAGAUGUUUGUACAAAAGUGUAAAAAAAGGGAAGUGACAACACUUAAUCUGUGCAUCAAAUAAGGGCUAAUAACCUGCAGAUCACUCUUUCUCCAUUUGUCUCAAAGUAAUUGCUCCUGUUAGAGAUUCACAGCACCUGGGAGAUGACAAGUGCGUCUGCUCCGCUUAAUGAGGCUUGCCCGAUUUCAGCCAUCUUGACAACGGCGUCCGUUUAAACAAGCAGCUCACAUCAGCAGUCCAACUCCACGACCUUCAUGUGACAGUGAAGUGAGCGGAGCCUCCAUUAGUGAGAUUAAUGUGCCGUGUCUGCCUUAAUGAAGCUGCACUAAGAGACACUGAGAGUGGACCUCUUCAUCUCGUGUUAUGCAACUUGUUAUGUCAACUAAAAGCCAACUAAACGGCAUCUAUUUUUGACAACAAUUUAACAUCUUAUUAUUCUGUUUUAACAUGAAUUUUGCAAUCUGUAUGGGCUUCAUUGAGCAUGUUGUAAAAGUGUAAAUGUAAUCCAGUCAAACAAUGCACAAACAUGAAGAGGACAGACCAUGCUGUGGAAAAAGUGUCAAAGAAAAGAAUCAGAAAGGACUGCAAUUAAUUUUAUGCUACUUUAAAAAGAAAAAGUAGUUGAUCAGAACAGAAGGUAUAUUUUGAUAUUGUUUUUAAUUCCUGUUUUCUAUGUUUUAUACAUGACUAUUAUUGUGUAUUCUUUUGAUAAACUAGUCUACUACAACGAG